AUGACUUUGUAUCUUCCGGCUGAUUGCCUUAAUGAAAUUUUUGAAUAUUUGGACGAAAAUGAUAUACGCUCAUAUUUGUUUGUGAACCGUCUUUGGUGUGAAGCUUCUGUUCGGAUUUUAUGGAGAGACAUGCAAAAUUUUAAAACUUUAAUCACUUGUCUUCCAAAGAAAUCCAAAGCAAUUUUAUAUAAGAAUGGGAUCGUAAUUUCAACCUCAACUUCAAGAGCUCCAUUGUUUAAUUAUGUAGCUUUUAUCAAAAGGCUUGAUAUUACUGUUAUUUGUAAUGAAUUAGCAAGAUUUCAACAACUUUCUACUCCAAAAACACUUGACAAUAAUCAAAAUUUGGUUACAACACGAGAAAUACUUAAAAUGCUCAUGAAUCAAACCUCUUUGAAAAUUUUACAUUGUGAUUUUGACAUAUACAACAUUCCAAAUUUUACCGCUUAUCCCGGAGUAAAGAAUUGUUUAAGUAACCUUUCUGAAUUUUCAUGUAGUUCAAAUAUCUAUCCUGAAUUUUUUUAUCAGAUAUCUCGAAUUUGUCAUAAUUUACAAUCACUAAAAUUAAUGUUAUAUGGUUUCAUCUCGGAUGGAUUAACAGAAUUAAUUUCUGUUCAAAAACAUUUAAAGUACUUGGACUUGAGUUUUGAAGGUUAUUCAGAAUUAUCUGAUUGUGAAAGUGGAACUGGCAAGGAAUAUUGUGACUGUUAUAUGGAUGAAAGUCAACUACUAGCAAACAUUCCAAACACAUUAACCAAGUUACACAUUUUUGCAAGGCCUUGUCACAUGGAAUUAUCAUUUAUCUCUAAGCUCUCAGAUUUACAAGAACUUUCAUUAUCAUGUUUUAAUAGAAAAGGAUUAAACGAUUUUGAAAUUCUUCAAUAUACUACUCUUCAACAAUUGCAAAUUUUAACUUUUGAAUUUAAAUGUCCAGAUGAUGAAUACCUGAUCGAUUUCUUAGAAAUCAAUGGAAAGAAUUUAAAAAAACUUGACCUUGGCAAACAAAAAAUUUAUACUGAUUCAUUAAAUUUAACUAUAUCCAAUUUUUGUACAAAUCUAAGGACGUUACGAUUUACAUAUACAUGUAAAACCUUGAAUUCACUAAAAUUAAUUUUAAAUGGUUGUAAACAAUUGGAAAGCAUGGAUAUUUUGUCUUGUGUUAAUUGUGAAGGUUGUCGAGAAGACUAUAUAUUAGAGCGUGAACUAUUAGAGAUGGUUGUAGAAUUUUCACCUAAAAAGUUUCAUGAGUUGAAGGUAGAUAUUGGAUCUUGCGUAGAUCAAGCUACAGCAUUUCAAUGGGAAUUCAAGCCUAUCUUUAAAUGCUGGGCGAAUCGUGUGCCAUGUAUUCCACUUUCUUUGACUAUUCAUUCGAAUUUAGAUACGGAAAUUGCAAUGAAUGAAAGUAACGUCAAAGUAAUUGAAGAGUUUAAAAAAAAUAAGCUACCAAAAGAACUUGAAGGUAUUCCAUCCAUUUCUAUUUGGCCUACAAUUUGGGCGUUAUUACAACAAAAGCAUCAAGACGAAGUUCAAGAGACGAUUGCAAAAUCUUCAGGAGACUAUGAUAUUUAUUUGGAUCGCAUUGUUGGUCAAAAUGCCAUAAAUAUCAAUGAUCCUGCGUAUCUUAAGGAUUUCUUAACAAAAAUAGAGGAAGAUGAUCCUCCAAAAAUCAGUUUGCCUUCUGUAACUAUGAGAGAAUUUUUCGGUGAUGGCUUAGUAUUUUCGAAUGGAGAUAAAUGGCGAACUUCUAGAAAAUUAGCAAAUCCUGCUUUCAAUAACGCAUUGUCCCCAGACAUUGUUGGGGAAAUUACAUUUGAACUUUUCAAUUUCAUGCAACAAAAUUUAGAUAAGCCGAUUGAUAUAUUCGAAAUUAUGCAACGUACCACGAUCGAAUGCUUGAAAUCCGUCGAGGUUCCUCAUAUUAUAAAUGUUUAUAAGGCUGUAAUUGAAACCGCAGAAUCCAUUUAUCAUAUUCUUUUUCCAUGGUUAAUUAAAUUACCGACAGCUCAUAAUAGAAAAUUCUUUAAGGCUAAUGAAGAAUUUAAUGAGUUCAUUUCUGACAUGAUUAAGGAAAAGAGAAAUGAAGUUGAAAAUAAGAAGGUUUCUAAUAAUGUUAAUUCUGAUAAUGGUCGGAUUGACCUGCUAACAGGUAUGAUACAGCAUGCCAACCAGGAGGGAAUUAGUACUGAUUCCAAGCAAUUAAGAGAUGAAAUGGUGGGCUUUUUCGUUGCUGGCCACGACACAACUUCAUUGGCGUUAAGCACCUCGUUUUAUUUUCUUGCAAAGUAUCCGGAAAUGCAAGAAAGAGCGCGAAAAGAAGUAAUUAGUGUACUUGGAAAUGAACCAAUCAUACCUACAUCGGAACAAUUAAAGGAAAUGAAAUAUAUCAACGCAGUUAUUAAAGAAUCCUUAAGAAUUUAUCCGCCAUCUACAGGAAUAGUCCCUCGAAAACUAACAAAGCCAAUGAAAAUUGGUCCUUAUCUUAUACCAGCAAACAUCAUAUGUACGACGAAUAUUUGGCAAAUUAAUCAUCAUCCAAAAUAUUGGGAAAAUCCUGAACAAUUCAAUCCUGAAAGAUUUUUAAACAAUGAAAAAAUUCACGCAUUUUCUUGGAUUCCAUUUUCUUCUGGUGUAAGAAAUUGUCUUGGUCAAAACUUUUCUUUGAUGGAACAAAGAGUAAUUAUUUCGAUGUUUUUGCGUAAGUAUAAUUGGAUUCUUCCUGAAAACAGCAUUAAUGAGAACAAGUUGCUGUUUGAAACUCAAUUUUUAUUAAAGCCUGUUGAUCUAAAACUUGUAUUUACCGAAAGGAAAGCAUAA